AGCAUUUAUUUUCAUAGUGAACAUUCUGUUACAUUCAUUGCAGUGCUAACUCUUAGAGCAUGAUAUCACGUAGUUCGCCUUCAGAUGCAUAUUUAAAACCUUUUUACAGGAUUCUUGUUUUGAAACAAAUCACCUCAAUUACCUGAGUCAGCUACAGCUGAUAAAAUCUGCUAGCAACAUUUAUUAAUUCAGUGGACAAAAAUCCAUGGUCAUCAGCUAAAUGAAAAGCUGCUUUUGUCCACUUCUGUGUGAAAUUGAAGACCCAUUGUUACAAAACUAACUAAGAAUCCAGAUUGAUAAAUCUGCCACUGUUAUUGUAAACUGCAUGUGCUGUGCUAGAAGGAAGUUUUGACAGACAUAGCAACAGUAACUAGGGGGGAAAGACAACAGGCAGCAAUAGUUCCAUCAUACAUGUAUGAUGUCAUAACAUCAAAGGAACAGAUUCAUUACACGUGUAUGAUGUCAUCACCAGGUUACUUGCAAAUAUCAAGGGGAUAGCUCCAUUUCAUGUGUAUGAUCUUGUCAGUACAUCCGUGUAUACGGCAGCUGUGAUUAGAGUUCUGUCAAUUGAGACAUUUCAUUUCAGUAGGAAAUCCACAACUGUGAAACAGACUGCAAUGGCUUCAAGACUACAUUCAGCAGUCCUGGGAUCUUACAACUGGACCCGGGACCUGAUUUCCAACAUUUACAGUGGGACAGAAAGGAUGAACCUGGUGGAACAGGUUGAAGAGCUAAAGACUCAGCUCCAAAUGGCAAAUGAACACAAUAUCUCUCAGGAGAAGAAGGUUACUGACCUCUGCACCAGCCUGGCCUCAGAAGUGGAAGAAAACAAGACUCUCUGGGACCAGAUUGAGUAUUUAACCAAUGAACUCCAUAAAGAGAGAGACUGGAGACAGCAGCAGACUAGACUAUGCCAGACAGAGAGGGCCAAAGCUGGCCAGGAGUACACCCAGAAGAUCCAGCUCACAAAAAAACUGGAGGAAUCUGAAAAAGAGUUGGCCCAGCAGAAGAGCAAGGAAGCACUGUUGGUGCUUAAAGAGAAGCAGCUGAGGGCAGAGUUUGACACGCUCACUGCUUCCUACAAUAAGCUCUGUGAGGACUAUUCUGAUGUCUACAAUACAUUCAGCUACUUCACAGCAGAAAAAGAAAAAAGUGACUUGCUUCAGCAGCACCUUGAGGCACAGAUUGCUGACAAUGCAAACAAAGCAUCAGAAUACAAGACGCAGUUUCAGAGGAUGAAGUUAAAGCAGAAAGCUCUGUAUCUUAAAAUGGAGCACGUGACAACAGUUGCUGCUGAGAAGGAGAGGAGCCUUUGUGAGGAGUUGGAGGACCUGAAAAUUCAACUCCACCAAGAGACCUCAACAAACCUUGAGCAAAAACAGAUCAUCCUAAUCAUUAAAGACAUGAAGGACAGGACAAGUGAGCAGAGGGAGAAAUCCCCUGCUGUUUCACAGGACACAGUGGAAGAGGAGUCCACCACUGUGGUACGGGACUCCGAACUUGUGGACGAGGAGUCCACCGCUGCGGUGCGGGACUCCGAACUUGUGGACGAGGAGUCCACCGCUGCAAUACGGGACUCCGAACUUGUGGAAGAGGAGUCCACCGCUGCGGUAUGGGACUCCGAACUUGUGGACGAGGAGUCCACCGCUGCAAUACGGGACUCCGAACUUGUGGAAGAGGAGUCCACCGCUGCGGUAUGGGACUCCGAACUUGUGGACGAGGAGUCCACCGCUGCAAUACGGGACUCCGAACUUGUGGAAGAGGAGUCCACCGCUGCGGUAUGGGACUCCGAACUUGUGGACGAGGAGUCCACCGCUGCAAUACGGGACUCCGAACUUGUGGAAGAGGAGUCCACCACUGUGGUACUGGACUGUGAACUUGUAGAAGAGGAGUCUACCACUGUGGUUCUGGAUUCAGAACUCCAGGGACAAGCUGGCAUCAGUCAGAGAGCUGCCGAGAACAUCAAAAGGCCUUCUUUCUGGAAAAGAUUCCGUCACUUCCUUGGUUUAAGGAAGAGAAAGAAGAAGAUGCCAAAGGAAGAUUCCACAUCCGUCACUGAGUUCAACACCUGAGUGCUGGUGCUCAGGGGUUGGAGCUCAUUAUCAGUGGAAUGCUGAACUUAAAAUUUAACUUACAACCUUUAAAAAAACCUUUUAAAAAAAAAACCUAAAAAU